UGAACUCCGACCUAACCCAGUCCCAGUCUCAUUUUCCACUCCGACCGAAAAGCACGCACACCUCAAAAUAAAUAGUCUCUCCACUCUCGAAAAAAAUUUAUAAUUCUUUCGUUCUACCUUUUUUUAUGUGUGAAAAGAAAACAAUACGAACUCAAAAUAAGAACUGGUAAUAGUUCCCUCAUAGGUAAUCGGUUAUCGGUUUUUUUUUGUUAUCGAUCCCUGCUAUGAUUGCAACGUUGCGGCGCCAACAUGGCGGCGGUCGCGACUUCCUGCAGGAGAACAAGCAGCGGGUGUCCAGAAUGGAGACCAACGGCCGCUGCCUGGCGGCGGCCAGUGCCCGCCGGGUGCCCCUGUGGCGUCCCGUGGCCUUGCACUACCCGGAAAAGCUGCGACCGCAUAUUAACUUAGGGGGCCAGCGGCGAACGCGGCACGAGCCGUCCCAGAAAGUUGCCGGCUCCGAACUUCGCAGCGGUCUGGCUCAGCCAUACACGGGAGCCGGAGGUAAUAAGAUAGCUCCUCCCUGUGGCCGCGAGAUGAACAGACGCCAGCAGGCGGACCAGCAGGAGCAGGUAAGGCUCCAGGGCGGCUGGGUGGAUCCGCGGCGCAAGGAGCGACCGGUAAGGAGAUGCUGUCACCCGGAAUGCCAGUGCCAUCAGUCGGCGGAGCAGGUUCCAGUUCCUGUUUCGCCUCCCAGCAGGCAGGGCGAGGGCGACCAGGUUGAACGGUUGUCCCAGUGCCCCUCUAGGAUUUCACGUCACUCUAUGAGAGAAGAAAGGUCCAAGGCGGGGGAGGAUAGUAUGGAGUCCGAGGCUCCGUUGAGUGCUAGGAGCCGUGCCUCCACCGUGACCAUCAAAUCGAAGCGAUCUGUCUCCCAGGAGAGCAAUCGCUCGAACGUCACUGUCAAGUCCAACAUAACGGUAGCCUCCAAGCAGAGCAACGCCUCCAGGCAGAGUAAUAUCUCCAAGCAGAGCAACGGCUCAAAGCAAAGCAACAUCUCCAAGCAGAGCAACGCUUCCAAGCAGAGCAACAUCUCCAAACACACCAUUACCUCAAAGAGGAGCCAGUUGAGUCAAAAGUCUGGACCCAUGGAGGAGAUGCCGCCGCCAGAAUAUCAAGACCGCAAGCACCACCAUCAUCAGCAGCAGUCAGAGCCCAAGCCACAGGAGCCAGUCCAUGGUGAUUACGAGGGCUACACUCCCCUCACGGCGGACCAAAAGCAGGCCAUGCGGGAGGAUGCCCAGUUCAAGUAUGGAAAACUAAUGGAGGAAUACAAUCAUCUGCCAGUGUCUGCACCCACUCUGCGCGUACGCAGCCGGCGGAUAGCCAUCGAGAAGCAGCUGGAUGAGCUGGACUAUGCCAUCAAUAUGUUUGAUCAGCCCCAUAUGGACAUGUACUAUAGGCGCUGAGUAAGGACACCACUACGAACUCGUUAAAAGUUUCCAAAUUCAGUUGUUGCCAUACACGCAAACUAAACUACACAACAAAGACAAACUGAAGAUUAAGCGACGCCUAAACAAAGAUUAAGCGAAGACAAAGAUUAAUCGCAAACAAAUCGAAGAUUAAACAAAGGUUAAAUUAAGAUUGAUCGAUAACAAUCGAAGAUUAAUCAAAGACACAGUUUAUCUUUGGGAAGUUGAUGCAAGUAACCCUUAUGCAACUAAUACUACAAAUAUCAGUACAAAAUGGUAGAGAAAAGAAACCUACACAUACAGUAUAACACUUCUGGGAAUAUAUAUAUAUAUAUAUAUCAUAUAAAGAUACAUAAUGCGGCUUGGUAGGAAGAGAUUCGUUUACUAGUGGUAAAAAAUUAAUUAAAUGCAAAGAGUAAAAAGUA